AUGUCUCAACAAGCAAUACUCUCGGUUUAUGAUAAAACUGGCUUGAUUGAGCUUGCAAAGGAACUUAAUGACCUAAAUGUGCGUCUCAUUGGUUCCGGUGGAACAGCCAAAAAGGUCCGGGAAGCUGGUAUUCCUAUCUCGGAUGUAUCUGAGAUAACGAACGCUCCUGAAAUAUUAGGUGGCCGUGUUAAAACCUUACACCCUGCAGUUCACGGUGGUAUCCUCGCUCGCAAUAUUCCGAGCGAUGAAGCUGAUCUUGUUAAACAAAAUAUCAAUAAGAUCGAUAUUGUCGUAUGCAACCUUUAUCCUUUCAAGGAAACAAUAGCAAAAGAAGGUAUCAGCAUGGCAGAUGCUGUUGAAGAAAUUGAUAUUGGCGGUGUUACCUUGCUGAGAGCUGCGGCAAAAAACCAUGCUCGUGUUACGAUCCUUUCCGAUCCCAAAGAUUACUCUAAACUCAUAGCUGAACUAAAGAGUGGAGGCGUUUCCGAAAACUCGCGUCAAUUAUUCGCUUUAAAGGCUUUCAAUCAUACAGCUGAUUAUGAUGAAGCAAUAUCCGAUUAUUUCCGGCAACAAUACACCAAGGAUAUUUCGCAGCUAACCUUGCGAUAUGGCACAAACCCACAUCAAAAACCUGCCCAAGUCUUUGUAAAAGACGGACAACUUCCAAUUAAAGUUUUAUCUGGAUCACUUGGUUAUAUCAACCUUCUCGAUGCUCUUAAUGGAUGGCCUUUAGUCAAGGAAUUGAAAGCUGCCCUUAAGCUUCCUGCUGCCGCUUCAUUUAAGCACGUUUCUCCUGCUGGAGCUGCAGUUGGGAUUCCCUUGAGUGAUAUUGAGAAAAAGGUUUAUUUUGUAAAUGAUCUAAAAGAAUUAUCACCCUUGGCCAAUGCGUAUGCUCGUGCCCGAGGUGCGGAUAGAAUGUCUUCUUUUGGAGAUUGGAUCGCCUUGAGUGAUACUGUUGAUGUACCCACCGCAAAAAUUAUAUCACGUGAGGUAUCUGAUGGUAUAAUCGCACCUAGUUACGAAGCUGAAGCUCUUGAAAUCCUAAAAAAGAAAAAGGGCGGGAAAUAUACCGUUGUUCAGAUUGAUUCUAAUUAUGAACCACCUGAAUUUGAAACACGUCAAGUUUACGGAUUAAAUCUAAAGCAAAAACGUAACAAAGUUCAAAUUGACGCGAAAUUAUUUGAAAACGUUACAACAAAGAAUCAAAAUCUUCCCGAAUCAGCAAUUACCGAUUUGCUUGUUGCUACGAUCGCUUUGAAGUAUACGCAGUCAAAUUCUGUAUGCUAUGCAAAAAAUGGUAUGGUAAUUGGAUUGGGUGCCGGACAACAAUCGCGUAUCCACUGUACAAGGCUGGCGGGAGAUAAGGCAGAUAAUUGGUGGUUACGUCAUCAUCCAAAAGUUGUGGGUUUUGAUUUCAAGAAAGAAUCCAAAAGGGCUGACAAGAGUAAUGCAAUCGACUUGUAUAUUCUUGAUAAGAUUGGCGAGGGUCUUGAACGCGCUUCAUGGGAAUCACAGUUUAAUACAGUUCCUGAACCUUUAACAAAAGAGGAACGUGUCUCACAUUUAGCAUCGUUAUCCGGAGUUGCACUUUCAUCAGAUGCUUUCUUCCCUUUCUCUGAUAACAUUCACAGAGCACAUCAAUCCGGUGUUUCUUAUAUUGCCGCCCCAAAUGGAUCGGUGCAGGACGAAGAAGUUGUCAAAGCAGCCGAUGAACAUGGAAUGGUUCUAGCGCAUACUAAUUUAAGAUUAUUUCAUCAUUAA